AGAGAGAUUGGUGGAAGGAGCGAAAGCGCAGCGCCUGCUGAAGCCGCGAGAGGGAGAGACAGGGCCGGGAGAGUCAUCGUCGAGUCGACAUCGCCGAGAGAGGAGGUGCAGGCCACAGCAGAAGAGCACGUAGCACCUAGGCCGCGGAGCACGCUUAGACGACUUGAACGAACCGCGCGCGCCGACGUCGACCGAGAGCAGUAUAGAACGUUUUGCUCAUCUCUCUUGCUCUCAUUCUCUCUCCCCACCCCUUUUCUCUCGUCAAGUAUCGCGCGCGCGAGACAUACCGUCGACGGUCGGUGCGCCGUGACAGCUCCCGCGCGCGGUUUCUCCGUGCGAGUUCGAUCGUGGUUGUCGUCGCCGUCGUCGUCCUCGUCGUCAUUGUCAUUGUUAAAAGCGGAACCGCGCGCGCGAAAACCGAGUGCCGAGAAUUUAGACGCGGACUGACCAAGCUUUCGGGGAGGCCGGCGUCCCCGGCGACGAGCCGCUCGCGUGUGGCAUCAUCGACGUCGUCGGCGAGUCGAUCCAUCGUCGAUCGGUCAGCAGCAGCAGCAGCAACAGUGGGCACCAUGGCGGACGAUCAGGACACGUGCGAGGACUCCCUCGGAACCGGCGACACCGCCAACUUCGCCAACAAGCUGCGGGGCCGGAAGGGCGCCUUGAAGAAGAAAAAUGUCUACAUGGUCAAGAACCACAGCUUUAUGCCAAGGUUCUUCAAACAGCCGACCUUCUGUAGCCACUGCAAGGACUUCAUAUGGGGCUUUGGGAAACAAGGAUACCAAUGCCAAGUUUGUAGUUUCGUCGUUCACAAGCGAUGUCACGAAUACGUAACCUUUACGUGUCCGGGAGCUGACAAAGGAGCCGACUCGGAUGACACGCGGACGAAGCACCAAUUCAAGCAACACACCUACAACAGCCCCGCCUUCUGUGACCACUGCGGUAGUCUUCUCUAUGGUGUCAUCCACCAGGGCAUGAAGUGCCAAGCAUGUGACAUGAACGUACACAAGAGAUGCGAGGAGAGCGUGCCGAAUCUAUGCGGAUGCGAUCACACUGAAAGACGUGGUCGUAUACACCUGCACAUCACAUGUUCCGGUGGCAAACUCACCAUAGUGGUACGGGAGGGACGAAAUCUCAUUCCAAUGGAUCCGAACGGGCUAUCGGAUCCCUAUGUUAAGCUGAAACUAAUUCCGGACUCGGACAAUGUGAAGAAGAAAACAAAGACAAUCAAGUCGUGCUUAAAUCCAGAAUGGAACGAGACACUCAUCUUCGACCUCAAACCGGAGGAUAAAGAUAGACGGCUGUUGAUUGAGGUAUGGGAUUGGGAUCGAACGUCCAGAAACGAUUUUAUGGGAUCCCUGUCCUUUGGUAUAUCGGAGCUUAUCAAAGCGCCCGUGAGCGGGUGGUUCAAGCUUCUUACUCAAGAGGAGGGAGAAUUCUACAAUGUACCUGUUCCUGAGGAGGGCGUCGACCUCGUCGAACUUAAAACCAAAAUGCGGAAAACUUCGGUGACGAAGAAAACACACACGACUCAGGAUAAGGACGUACCGCAUAACAUGGGCAAAAGCGAUUUGAUACGAGCCAGCGACUUCAACUUCUUAAUGGUACUUGGCAAAGGCAGUUUCGGCAAGGUCUUGCUGGCGGAGAGAAAAGGAACUGAUGAGUUGUACGCUAUCAAAAUCUUGAAAAAGGACAUCAUUAUCCAGGACGACGAUGUGGAAUGCACGAUGGUUGAGAAACGUGUGCUUGCGCUGUCGAGUAAGCCACCCUUCUUAGUGCAAUUGCAUUCCUGCUUCCAGACAAUGGAUCGUCUGUACUUCGUGAUGGAGUACGUGAACGGCGGCGAUCUGAUGUACCAAAUACAGCAGUGUGGCAAAUUUAAAGAGCCGGUGGCAGUAUUCUACUCGGCCGAGAUAGCGAUUGGUUUGUUCUACUUGCAUUCGCGCGGCAUAGUUUACCGCGACCUCAAGCUUGAUAAUGUCCUGAUGGAUCAGGACGGCCACAUAAAGAUCGCGGACUUUGGUAUGUGUAAGGAGGGCAUCACGGGCGACAAGACCACUAAAACUUUUUGUGGCACGCCUGAUUACAUAGCGCCCGAGAUUAUCCUAUAUCAACCUUACGGGAAAUCCGUGGAUUGGUGGGCUUAUGGUGUAUUGCUUUACGAGAUGUUAGUGGGUCAGCCACCGUUCGACGGUGAGGACGAGGAUGAACUUUUCUCCGCAAUUACGGAUCACAAUGUCAGCUAUCCGAAGAGUCUAUCCAAAGAGGCCAAAGAAGUUUGUAAAGCGUUUCUCACGAAAAAUCCGAGUAAGAGACUAGGAUGCGGUGCGCGCGGCGAGGAUGACGUACGAAGCCACGCGUUCUUCCGACGUAUCGACUGGGAGAAGAUAGAGAAUCGCGAAGUGCAGCCACCUUUCAAACCAAAGAUUCAACAUCGUAAGGAUGUGAGUAAUUUUGACAAGCAGUUUACUUCGGAGAAGACGGACUUGACUCCCACGGAUAAGCUGUUCAUGAUGAAUUUGGACCAGACGGAGUUUAUGGGUUUCUCCUACUUAAAUCCGGAGUUUGUGCAACACGUUUAAGCGAAUACUUCUUCUCAGGCUCGUAUACAUCCUUCACUUCAUUCCUCGUUGUUCAUCUUCCUCUUCGUCACUCAGGGCUCUCUCAUCCUCCUCUUUCGCUCUCUAUCUAUUCCUCUCUCUAUUUUUCUCUCGCUCUAUCUCUCUAUCUCUGAAUCUCACUGUAACAUUCUCGUGGUAAAAAUGAGCGAGAAUCUAGGACGCGAUCGUUUUCGAAUCUCAUGAAGAAUUCACGCGAUAAUCUUCGACUUAUAAGUAAUCGCGCGAUAAUCGCGUAUUGUAUUACUACGCUGUAAGUAGGAUAAAAAAAGAGAAAGAAAUACGGCGUAGGUGAUAAGGAUUCGUCAAAUGAACUUGCGACAAUUGCCGCGAAGAAAGGACGAAGUUGACGGACGGAGAAAUAUAAAUAACGCGCAGGGGAAAAAACGCUUUUCCCGUGAAAAGAAAAAGAAUGAAGAGCGGCGCGAUCGGCGGGAGGAAAGUUUCAAAAUCGAUGUCUUCGUUCUCUGCGUAUAUUAUUAUGCAUUUACUUCAGUAGUUUCUCUACUGUCGCCUUCCAGAGUAUAUAUAAUAUAUAUAUUGGACGAAUGAAUGAAUAUAUGAUUAUAUAUACAUAUACAUAAUAUAUAUACAUAUAGUCAUUACGGCAUAUUAAAUAUAUAUAUAUAUAAAUAAUAUAUAUUAUACAUUAUAUAAAUUUCUAUCAAUAUUUCGUUAACGUUGCACUUCUCGUCGGUUUAAUCUUCUUAAGUAGCGGAUCUUUGGAGUCGGAUCUUUAGAUUUUCAGACCCACGACGAGUUAAGAAAUUAUUAGCGCUAUGUCGAUUCUCAUAUUGACAUACACACAUGAUAUACAUAUAUGAAUACGUUCACACAUACACCCACAAUCACACGAACAGGAGACAUGAUAUUUUUUGCUUUUUUUCUUAUUCGUUGCGGAAGCACGAGAGAGUCUGAAGUGUCUUUUCUAGUUUUUCUCCGUCGUCCUUCGAUGGAAACGCGAAAUCGAUAAACUGAUAUACAUUAUAUCAGUAAGUAAUGACAGAACGUUCUGAUGCGAGACGGGGAUGCGCUGAGUAGAUCGCGGCUUGAUGUCGAUAAUAAAUGAAGAAAUCAUUGUGUCGUAUAACAUAGAAACAGAGUCGUAACACAAUAAUCUCGCAUUUAUGCGGGGAGGAUAAAGUCGACAAUAUAAACGGCGACGUGUGUGUAAAGUUUUAACCACUCUUCGCGCGAUAUUAUUCAGCACUAUAAUACGUUUCAUGUGAAAGGUAAGAUAUGCGAGAAUAUACAACUAACUUUUUGCGAUUAUGUAAAAUUUCUUACUGUAUGCGUGAACGGAUUCUUUCUGAUUUUACGUAAUAUAUAUAUGUUAUAUGUAUAAAAACAUAUAUAUAUAAUAUAUAUUACGAAAUUUCUUCCGGCAAGAGUUAUUACGUAUGUAAAGGGAACAUUUAGGCGCAAAGAUUUAAUUUUACAUUAUCUGACAAUCAGUAAAUAUCAAGGACAACGUCUUGGUUCACUUAGCGCUUUCCUCGCGCAUCUUUGUAAUUAUAUUGGUGCGCCUUCUCUCGCCGAGUCUUUCUGGUUUGUCUCGUCGAGAAGGGUACGAUUUUAACGGAGACAGCUUAGGGAAACUUAGUACAAGCGUGUAUAUUAAAAGAAAAGGUAUAAUUCACGCCGAUGUUUUCCUCUUUGAUUCUCUGUUUUUUCAAUGAUUGUAGAACGCGUGUACGCAUCUACGAUCAGUAGUAUGGUUAAUAAUUAUUAUUGAUUAAUACGCGUAAUUAUUAUAGACGUAGUUUACGGGCUCGUCGACGCGAGCCUUUCCUUCGUUUUUAUAAAUCUGUUUAUAUUGGCAACUCGACGAGCUACUCUUCGAACUUGUUCGCACGAUCCAACUACAAUUAAUGUAACGUAAUUACGAAUUACAAGGCUGCUAAAGUUACAAAAAUACCAAAGUUUUCUCGUGCUUCGAUGAUCUGUAGCGACCAAAUCGUCAUAUAUAUCUUCUUUGUUUGCUAAGUUUUUACAAAGUAAAUUGAGAACAAGAUGGUGAACAUUAAUAAGCCGCAAUUGCUCGUCGAGUUGUGAUAUAUGUAGAAAAAUAAAGAUUCAAGGAUGAGCUCGUAUCCUUUUCUUUAUUUUAUGUCGGUCUUCUCUUAGGUAAUAAAAUUUCAAGAUUGUAGUCUCGGCUAAAUGUUGUAAUUUAAUUAUAAUAGAAUUGAAACUUACCGCAUAAUAUUCUCGAUAUAGUCCGUGAAAUUGUCGCUCACUAAAUAUUAAAAUCUCUUUUAAAUCUCAAAAUCUUAAAAUAUUCACAUUUCGUUGUAGCAAGGACAUAUUUUUAUGGAUGCUGUUAAAAGCAUGAUAAAAGGAUACGAGUUCACGUUUCUUUACAAUUCGAGAAUAUCGGUUAUUAUUGAGAGUGUUCCGAUAAUAAAAGAUUUAAUGUAACUCUCGUCCCCUUUUUCAGCGGACGAUUCAAUCUUGUUCUUUGAUCGGGCGACUUCGCGCAGUCUCACCGCGAAAUCACGUUCUCAAUCUUGUGUUGGGCUGUCCGACGUAAUUUCAAGGAAUCGCGAUUUACAUGCUGCAAAAGAAUUUUAUUGUUUUCUCGUAGUGUAUACAUUGCUAAUUAUAAUUUACGCGUUAUUAGAUAUAUAAUUAUAUCAUUAUAAGUCAAUGUGGUAGUUGAUACACUAGCUCUCUGCAUAUGUCGUAUUCUUCGCAUUUGUUCACGUCUUCGGACAUUAUACGAUUAUACAUUUCUCGCUUACCCACAAUAUUAUAUAACUUUAAGUAAUAUAAUAAAAAAUCUCUGCAUCUCUGUUAAAAUAAAGUUUACCAUUCCACGUCCACGGCCACGAAAACCCGAUACCGUUUUUGCGGAUGGUACGACGAUACUAGAUCCCUUAUUUCGUUAACGAGGAUUUUGAAUAUCCUUGCAGAGGGCUGCGCGAUCUGCGCCCGAAAUCUAUUUUUGUACUAAAAGAAAUGAAACUCGAAAGGGGGAGGCUGUUACCUCUCUUUUUUCCUAUGCGCGUUUAUCUGAUAGAUCUUUCAUCACAAUUGUGGCAGCUCUUAUAGCGCUCUUUAGUCUGUAUACAGAUGCAGGCGUUGUAAAAAGGCACAUAAGAGUAGCUGGUAAAUCGCAAUCGCCGUAAGAAAGAAAGAAUGCGUUAUUAGAACGCCAACUUUUACAAGUGUCGAGCAAAAACACAUUUCAAAAGUUUUUUUUAUUAAAAUUUCAAUUUCUUGUGGCAUGUUCUUAUUUCUUCUAUAAUUUAAUUUAUAUAAUUGGGGCAGAAUAUAUAUAUCGUUAGUGAGAUUCGAAAAAUAGGCUGUUAUGAAUAAGAAUUUAACUUUAAACAGUACAUUAUUUUCAAAUAUUGUAAAGUCUUUAUUUCAGAAAUUGUGUUUAUUUUUCU